CGAGAGAGUGAGAGAGUGCCAUGGCCGCGCUGCUGCUGCUGCAGCCCGCGGCUGAACGAAGACAACGCCAGGUUCUUCCUCUUGGCCCUCUUCAUCACCGGCUACAUGCUCAUCGGGGCCGCCAUUUUCUCGGAGUUCGAGUACGACCGGGAGCAGGAGGACCGCGGGGAGUACGACGCGGUCCUGGAGACGUUCCGGCAGCGCUACCCGGACAUCAACGUGUCCGACCUGAACCACCUGCUGGAGGCGCACGCCGAGGCCUCCUCGCGGGGACUGCUCACCUCCAAAAGGCCCCGCUGGGACUUUCCCGGGGCCUUCUACUUCGUGGGGACGGUGGUGUCGACAAUAGGGUUUGGCAUGACGACGCCUCAGACGGACGAGGGAAAGAUCUUCCUGCUGUUCUACGGCCUGUUCGGCUGCGCCUCCACCAUCCUCUUCUUCAACCUGUUCCUGGAGCGCAUCAUCACCUGCCUGGCCUUCUGCAUGAAAAAGUGCCACGAGCGCGACCUGAGGCGUAAAGGUCUCCUGAACCAGCAGCCGUCCAACAGCCACAGCUCGGAGGGGGACAGCGACUCCCUGGAGGCGUGGAAGCCGUCCGUGUACUGGGUGAUGCUGUACCUCGGCAUGGCGUCCGUGGCCAUCGCCUGCAGCGCCGCCGCCAUGUACAGCCCCGUGGAGAACUGGACCUACCUGGAGUCCAUCUACUUCUGCUUCAUCGCCUUCAGCACCAUCGGCUUCGGGGACUACGUCACCAGCCAGAACGUCAAGUACCAGAACCAGCCGUUCUACAGGUUCGGCAACUUCAUCUUCAUCCUCAUUGGUGCCUGCUGUAUCUACUCUCUCUUCAACGUCAUCUCCAUCAUCAUCAAGCAGUUCCUCACGUGGAUCAUCAGGAAGACCGUCAAAUACUGCUGUCGCUGCUGCAAGAAGAAACAGAAGCCCAAGGGCCGGCCCAGAAGGAACGCCAUCACCCCGGGUCACCUCAAGAGGCGGCUGCAGAUGCAGAGCAGGGCCAACCACGCGGACAACAGCUCUCGCUCGCCGACGGACGUGCCGCCGCCCCCGCCCGAGCCCGACAGGCUCAGCUACGACAGCGACUCGGACAGUAGGAGAAUGUCGGGAGAAAUGAUCUCCAUGAGGGAUUUUCUCGCGUCCAACAAGGUCAGCCUGGCCAUCAUGCAGAAACAGCUCUCGGAGACGGCAAACCACGCACGCGCUGCCCCACCCCCCAGGCACUCCCACUACAACGGCGGCGGGCUGGCCGGGGGAGUCGGGGCGCUCGCGAUCCUCAACAGCAGACUAGCGGGAGAAGCCAAUAAGCAGUGAAAAGAAAACCACGAGGUAUGUUUGUACGUUCGUCACCAAGUCAGCAAAGUGUUGGCAUCUAGCAUGCAGAUCACUUGUAGUCUUGGUAAGAACUGAUGAAAGUUGAAGUUAAACGAAAGAUGGAAUGCUUCAUUGCCUGUUGGGAUUCUCUCAAUAGUAGAGGUGAAAAUCUCUUCAAGUCUCUGUGAGAGCAAUCUGUGAGGAAGGAUUGAAGCGCUGUCACGACCAGAUGCGCCUCACACCGGCACGAGCUUGGAAAAAAGCAAAAUGUGCUUAACGUACAAUAAAUGCGGACUGGGCUACACGGGAUGACUGAAAAAGCCGCCUUAUUUCUAUUCACUGACGUCGGUGAAAACCUCUGAGCAUGUAAGGCUUCAACAGAUCAACCGAAGAUAUCGGCGAGAGGAAAAAGACCUCCACAAGUGUGUGUAAAGACUUGAAAUAAAAAGGCCUUCAGUCGAGGAGAGUGACGCAGUCACGUAUUGGCAAUAAACCGUGAUAGGAGGACAGCGAUGACUGGACAUGGCGGCAACGUUUAACAUGUGUCACCGGUUCAAGCAACAGACAAAGACAUGAACUAACUCUGAGAGACGUUGUCUUUCUGAUUAAGUAUAAACGUUAUUCCUCAUAUAAAGACGCUUUAAGUAACCGUGUCGACAACACGUCCAGUGAACAACUGAUGUUUUAUGCGGAAGUCUACCAUAAGAAGAUCCAUUAUGUAAUGGGUCGCAUAUUCACCCAUGACUGGAAGCUAAGAUCGCCACAAUAUCUACAUGCAAGGUGCUGCAGCUUCUGGCAAGGAGACAUCAUAUACGGUCAUCUGCAAGCACGCAGUUGUCGAGGAGACCUUCUCUUUAGUACUUUCUAUACCGCACAAGACUUUGUAAACGUUAGCAGCUUAUGGCUACCAGAAGUCCAAGAAUGUAAGCUCUCUCUACCCUACAGGCAUUUUCUCAGGAACAGAAGCAGCACGUUGAAAGGGGAUUGCCAUCUUAUUCAGCGACAUACUAACGCUAUACAUACCCAUCUACAAUCUAUAUGUACGUCUAUAAUACAUGUUGGUCUUGUUAGGGAAAAUUACCACAAGAUAACGCCUUCAACAUGUAUUCCUGGGUAACGUGACUCCCUCAAAGCUCGAUUAUUGCAAAGUAGAGCUUUUAUUUGACCUAAUUAUUUUCAUUGGACCGAUAGAAAGGCAUCAAUGCUGCGGUUCUUUUUUCGAAGGCGUCAAAGUGUAACUUUGCGUUUCUCCCCGACUAUUACCGACAUUUUUCACAACCAACAUGCUGUGACUCGAUCUAAUGACGUAGUAUGUCAAUGUGACAGGUAGCAUUCUGCCGAUGAGAAGGAGCAUCACUUUCAUAAGAUGGUAGCAUCCACAGCAGCCGUGUCGCGGUCCAACAGAUUAGGAGGGAAACUUCUAGAAAUUUCAAUACCGGGUCCUCGCUCAUAGACCUACAAACAGUGCCUACGCAGCAACAAUAGAAGUUGUGGUCACAAACAAGGUUGGAUGUUUGGUCGAAAAUAACCAGCCCACGAUACCUAUUUUUCUACAGCAUCGUCACACAGAGCACCACAGAGCACAAAGCGCAGGCCUCCGCCAAGGCAAAGUAGUGUUGAAAGUUUCCCAGACUCCCGAUGGCGACGGGGAAAAUUCCUGUCAAAUUUCUGGAUAGAUUUUUCCUAAAAUGUAAUUAUGGCGCGAAAUCCCCUCCCC